AUGGAUCGGAUAUCACGACUGCUCAGCUGCCUGCUGCUGGCACUUCUGCCUCUCACCACUGCCCUCAAAUUCGACCUGACGCCUGUUUACCAGAACGAAGCGGCCAAGUACGAGCGAUGCGUGCGCAACUUUGUGGCCAAGGAGCAGUUGGUCGUUGUAACGGCGACUCUGGAUGGAUAUAGAGGCGACGGCCAGAGGGUCAACAUGCAUAUUCGCGAUGCCAUGGGCAAUGACUACCACCGCCCCAAGGACGUAGUAGGCGAGAACCGCUAUGCUUUCACUUCCCACGCCGACUCUGCCUUUGACGUCUGCUUUGAAAAUGUUCUCACCGGAGAAGCCUGGAUGCACCCGCGCCACGUCGAGCUCGAUAUUGAUAUUGGAGCUGAUGCUAAGGACUGGAACGCGAUUCAGGCCAGCGAGAAGUUGAAGCCCGUUGAGGUGGAGCUUAGGCGUGUCGAGGAGACUGUCGAAGAGAUUGUGGCCGAGAUGGACUACCUGAGGACCCGCGAACAGAAGCUCCGAGACACAAAUGAGAGCACAAACGAGCGUGUCAAGUGGUUUGCACUAGGUACCAUGGGCAUGCUCGUUGGCCUGGGCGCAUGGCAGGUUGUCUAUCUGCGCGCGUACUUCAGGAGCAAGCAUCUCAUCUAA